GAAAUAAUCCUGGCUAUUGUGAUGAUCCAGGAAUACCAGCUCAUGGGUCUAGACUAGGGGAUGAGUUCAAAACAAAAAGUCUGCUACGUUUCUCAUGUGAAAUGGGUUAUCAGCUGAGAGGAUCUGCAGAACGAACAUGCCUGCUUAAUGGUUCCUGGUCAGGUGUACAGCCUGUGUGUGAAGCUGUAUCUUGUGGGAACCCUGGCACCCCAGCCAAUGGUAUGAUAAUAUACACUGAUGGAAUAUUAUUCUCCAGCUCAGUCAUUUAUGCCUGCUGGGAAGGUUACAAAACUUCAGGACUAACUACUAGACAUUGUACUGCUAAUGGGACAUGGACUGGCACUGCUCCAGACUGCACAGUGAUCAGCUGUGGAGAUCCAGGUGCAUUAGCAAAUGGCAUUCAGUUUGGAACUGAUUUUACCUUUAAUAAGACAGUCAGCUAUCAGUGCAAUCCAGGAUACUUGAUGGAGCCAGCCAGUUCACCUACCAUACGUUGUAUAAAAGACAGCACUUGGAACCAGAGUAAACCAAUUUGCAAAGCUAUUACCUGUGGACCUCCUCCACCAGUACUCUACGGGAAAGUGGAAGGAUCUGAUUAUCGCUGGGGUGCCAGUGUGAGUUACAGCUGUGCAGAAGGCUAUCAGCUGUCUAACACAGCUAUUCUCUCCUGUGAGGGUCGAGGAAUUUGGCGGGGAGACAUCCCUCAAUGUUUGCCUGUGUUUUGUGGUGAUCCUGGUACUCCAGCAGAAGGACGCCUCAAUGGAAAAGGUUUCACGUACAGAUCUGAAGUUGGAAGCACAGUCUUUUUCAGAUGCAGAAAAGGUUAUCAUAUUCAGGGAUCUACCACCCGUUCUUGUCUUGCUAACUUAACUUGGAGUGGCAUACAGUCUGAAUGCAUUCCUCAUGCUUGCAGGCAGCCCGAGACACCGGCACAUGUAGAUGUGAAAGCGAUAGAUCUUCCUACUUUAGGGUAUACUUUGGUGUAUACCUGUCAGCCAGGAUUUUUUCUUGCUGGUGGAUCAGAGCAUCGGACAUGUAAACCAGAUAUGAAAUGGACAGGAAAAUCACCUGUUUGUAAAAUUCCCUCAGAUGUCUUUUUUAUAAAUUCACUGUGGAAAGGGUUUUAUGAAUAUUUAGGAAAAAGGCAGCCUGCUACUCUGACAGUUGAUUGGUUCAAUACUACAAGCAGCAAAGUGAAUGCUACAUUCAUUGAGGCCUCCAACAUACAACUCAAACUAUCAGGUGUUUACAAGAAAGAAGAAGCCCAUUUGCUCUUGAAAGUUUUUCAGAUUAAAGGACCUAGUGACAUUUUUGUAAGCAAGUUUGAAAACGACAAUUGGGCACUAGAUGGUUAUGUAUCAUCAGGGCUUGAAAGAGGUGUUUUUACUUAUCAAGGUGAUAUACAUGGAAAAGAUUUUGGAAAGUUUAUGCUCCAAAGACAAGGUCCUUUAAGUGCAGACACAGACCUUUCAAAUCACUAUUAUGGUACAAACAGCAGUUCUGUUGCAGCUGCAAUCCUGGUACCAUUCUUUGCUCUAAUAUUAUCAGGGUUUGCAUUUUACCUCUACAAACACAGAACAAGACCAAAAGUACAGUACAAUGGGUAUGCUGGACAUGAAAACAGUAAUGGACAGGCUUCAUUUGAAAAUCCCAUGUAUGACACAAACUUAAAACCCACAGAGGCAAAGGCUGUGAGAUUUGAUACGACUCUGAACACAGUUUGUACAGUGGUAUAG